UUUCCCCAAACCAGUUUUUUUUGACAAUCACUAAACAAGUGAGUCUUUUCAGCCGUUCCCAAAUCUGCUUUUUUCUGUUUGUUUUAUUCCCAGGCUCGAUGGAACAAAUAUUCUGUGGGAGAUAUGAGGCGUCUUCUGGCUCAUUUUGAACGAAACACCAUUUCCCCAUAACCCCCUUUCCAAGCGGAUGUGAUUAUGCCCUUCUGAUUUGAACAGGGAUCGUUCACUUCGAUCAUCCGCCUGGCUCAUUCCUAUGCACGCUUCCCCUUCAGCAUGAACGAAUCGACAACGUUCCCCGCCUGCGUCGCCAUCUGCCUCCUCCUGCUCGGCUCCUGUACUCUGCAGUGCCUCGCCUUCCAAAACACGGAGCGGAGGCACGCCAGACAACCGCAGCAGCAGCAGCAGCCGCCUCCUUCUCUGGCAGAGAACCACCUAGAAGACAUAGACAAUGCAAGCACGUCGCGCCUGGAAGGUCGCUCGGGGUUGCCGGAGGGAGCCGUCGGUGCUGCUGUCUCUGAAAUAUCACAUGGAGCCUCGACGGAGCCAUCUGGGACCUCAUUAAAUGGUGCGGUUAAAGGAACACCACAAACCACCCUAGGCCUUGAGGGUCUCUUGGAACACCAGGGCGUGCCUGUUUAUACCACCGCGGUCUCGUGGGCGGCCGCAACGGGAAGCCAGCUCGCUUCCAGUGAACCCGAGACAGAGCGGAAAGCAAACGGCUUGCGCAAAUCCUUGCUAGAUGUGGUGUCCACAAACCCUCAAGGAAAUGACCACGUGUUUAGUAGCACCGCUGGUGAAACCAUGGGUGAGGACAGUAAAGGAGCCGGGCACGAUCCAACGGGGAAUCUCGGAGGGGCCGUUUUUGCCCCAAGCGUCUCGGGAGAAGGAGGAAACGUAGACCAUGCUGGAGUACCCCCGUUGGCCACAGAAGAGUCGCCGUUCUGGCGUCCACGUGAUCAGCCCCCAAGUGUCCUGCCUUCUGUGGGACGAUUGCUUGAUUCCAAGGGGGUCUCCAAUGAAGGCGGCCCCUCGCUAGCAACGGAUGCCACUGCAAAAGCCACUGAGGAAGAGGACACCUCUGACGCGUGGAGUCGCUCAGAAGUCACAUUCGAGGCUGCUACUGCCGUCCCGGCCGUGCCGUUGUUAAGUGACGAUUGGGAUGAUACAAAAUUGGGAGCUGCCGGCCGGGCGAGGACCACGGUGGCUACAGUGGCGAGCCGACCCCAAACAACAAGAGAGUUUUACCCUGAUGAGGGAAGAGAGGAAGACGAGGAUGAGGUGAAAAGGGUAGUGCCGCCUAGGUUGUCUGCCACGGUCGUGAAUGGGAAGCAAACUCUUGAGACCGGGUCAAUCAGUCAGUGGGGUGAAUCCCCCGUGCUUCCGGCCGGCCGGAUUUCUGUCCAUGCCACAGGUCCGUCUCCAAAGGGGCGAGUCCCUCCUGAGGAGGCUGAGGAAGCUGCAAACGGCCACGAGGUUGCCGUGACCAUCGACACGACCAAAUCGGACGUCUUCCAAACCCUGAGAAAUGUGCUGAGAGGUGUUACGCAAGAGGCAGAAACGGCCUUCCGUCAAACCGAUGUCGGGCUUUCCGUCACUGUGCCUGGAGAUUUUCCUAGCCGGGAGGCUGCAGAAGAAGGGAGAGGGGGGGAAUCGGCGGCCCAAAUCUCGAAAGUUUUCUGCUCCUCCGUGGCGCCGGGAAAGACAGAAAACUUUGCCACUGAGGAGUCCCCGUUGGCUUCUGCUCUGCCUGUCAUCCCGACUCCCGACUCCGGAGAGCCCAUCGCCAUCCUCAGAAGCGAAGAAGAGGCUUCUAUUGAAAACGGUCCUUCAACUCUGGCAGGGCUGCGGACCGGAGAUAUCCCUGGGGCCACCGUACCCACGCCAGCUCUGUCUUCCGUGGCAGCUUCCGCAAGGAGAACCACCAUCCCAGCUACCCGUCAGGUCACUACAGUGGCAGCCUAUGGCCUUGAUGGGCUAGAAUCAGAAGAGGAAGAGGAGGAGGAGGAAGAGGAGGAGGAGGAAGAAGAGGAACCCGACGAAGACGAUGAGGAAGAAGACGACGAGGAUGAGAAAGAUGGCAAUUCGAUGGAGGAAAGCGUGGAUGCCGGCCAGUCCAGCUUCACUCUCCCUGGAGAGACAUCUGAGGAUCCUCUGGACAGUUUGGAGAAUCCUGAGGGGGAACUCUCUGGUGUGUCGUACCAAGUUCCAGGUGCCAUCGAAUGGGAACGGCAGAACCAGGGUCUAGUGAGAAACUGGAUGAAAAAGCUGAAGGACAAGGCGGGUUAUAUGUCCGGGAUGUUGGUGCCGGUCGGGGUCGGCAUUGCUGGCGCCCUCAUGAUCCUCGUCACCCUCUACAGCGUGAAGAUUAUGAACCACCGGCGCAGGAACAGCUUCAAGAGGCACAAGCAAAAGAGGGAAUUCAACAGCAUGCAAGAUCGAGUGAUGCUUUUAGCAGACAGCUCCGAAGAUGAGUUUUGAAUCGGGCCGCCGCCUCCCGUCGCUGACUCGCUGACUUCCUGUGUGCACGUGUGCGCAAAGAGCGGUGCACGAAAAGAAACGAUUUCCGCCACGUCGUGGCUCUCGGCCCCCUCUGCGUAUUCACACGGUGGUUUUACUAGCUCUUUAAACAAAAAAAGAGAAAAGAAAUUCCAGUAACAAGCAUGCUGUAGUCCACAUAUCACGCACACAGAUGUUGUGUGUGUGUUUUUUUUAAAUGCGGUAGUGCAAUUUCAUUUCCACACACCUCAUCUGAAUGCAAAGAUUGGCGGCGACACGAAGGCGCCAGGACAAGAAGGACAGCUGGCGAUAAUCGUCCUACAGUUUGGAUUCUCCUUUCAACCUUCCCGCGCUUCUCUCCAGAGUGCGACCCGAGAGCCUCCGUCCGCGUUGGAAAAACUUGGUCCGAAACGGUGCAUCUUGGAUUGUAAAAUUAGCUGCUCUGUUUAACUAACCAAGUGCUCAGUGCGCCAUCUCAUCAGCUGGGCCGUAACUACCUAGAGUUCAUACAAUAGGCACAGGACUAUGUCUAGUAGGUCACACGUAGAGCUAAAGUAGACGCUACGCAGCAGACAUUUUAUUUUAUUUUUAACUGAAAAGUGGUUCUGGAGGGGAGGCGAUUUCCCCUUCCCCUUCUUGCCCUCUGUCUGUAUAAAAUUGCCUACCCAUAGUGGGAAAAGGUAUGGAUCCCUGGGCCGGGGAGGGGUGCGGGUUGAGAAAUGGUGGAACUGGAAAGGGAGCAGCAGUGGCGUAGUGGCUAAGAGCAGUGGCUAAGAGCAGGUGCACUCUGAUCUGGAGGAACCGGGUUUGAUUCCCAGCUCUGCCGCUUGAGUUGUGGAGGCUUAUCUGGG